UUAAAAAUAAAACGACCGGUCAUCAAAGCCUAGUGCGGGUAUAAUUUUAUUAUUGUAUAUUAUGAGUAUACCUAAGACCUAAACCCAGAAAAUAUAAGUAUUAUAUUGUAUGUAAAAUAUAUUUCGCGUUACGGUAUUCUACAUAUAAAUAUAAAGCCAGUGCCGGUGUAUAUUUACUCAGUACUCUCUACACAUAAAGACAUUUCCACGUGUGCAAACAGGUAAUAGUUACCGUGCACUUAAAUAAAUUUAAAAUAAUGUUGAAUAAAUAUUAACUCAAUCUAUUAGUCAACUUGUCAAUUAAAAAAACUGUUUGAUGUCAAUUACUAAAUAAUUAAAAGUCUACAGGAUAAAUUAAUAGCGUAAAUAAAUAAAAUAAAAUAAGCGAGGCGGUAUUUUUAAAAAACUUGCAAUUGCCGCGAAUUUGAAAAUUCAAAAAGUUGAUUUAAAUUUAAAUAAUGACGAGGCUUAGUAGGAGUGAAGUGAGGUUUUAUUUCGCUGCCUGGACAUGUGGGGUUUUGUAUUCUCUGUAUCAUGUCUAUCUAUCAGGGACAUAUUUUAACAGGACACGAAGUAGCCAUGAAGAUUUUGCCGUAGGAUGGAGUUGGGUAGGAAGGAAACAAGACAUUUCUGAUGGAGAAUGGUGGUCAUUUAUCCCGUUGAUGAAAAAAAUGAUGCCUUGGGUUGCAGUACAAUUGCUGAUAAGUCAUAUUAUUAAAUAUAAGAAGCUCAGUAGCACGGUGUCAUGUUGCUGGUACAUUGCGGUGACUCUAGGAUUUUUAUGGACGUACAUUGGGGCGUCUGGAAUUAUUUUGAUGAUGAUACAGCCGUGCGUCGUUUGUCUGUUGAUAUCAAUACGUAAUUUACCUCUUACUUAUUUCGUCGAACUGGGACUUCUCUAUGUGCUUCAGUACAACCCGCUGAUGAACCUGGUAUGGAACGACUGGCUCCAGGUGGAUGAUGGGUGGGAUUAUUUACUAACAGUUACUAUUUUUUGGGUCCAACUCCGCAGCAUCAGUUGCGCUGUUGACAACAUCACCGAGUACAGGCACAGAAACCUGGCGGGAUUUUUUAGAAAUUUUAUUGAGACUACGGCUUACUGCUUGUAUUUGCCGACUCUCUUCACGGGCCCGUUUUUCCUGUACGCGGACUUCCGCAAGGGCAUCAAUGGACCCAAUGAUAAGUGGACGUUGCGCCGAGUGGGCACUACUUGUUUUAAUUUACUGAGAUUUAUGUUCUGGUUACUCUUCACCGAAUUCGCGAUGCACUUUGUGUACACCAGCGCUUUCAAAGGUUACCCGCGGGAAGUCGGGUCUUUUAAUUCCUGGGCAUUCUACGGGUUCGGUUACUCAAUGGGCCAGUAUUUUUGUAAUAAGUAUAUUGUUAUUUAUGGACUCGCUGGUGAAAUGAGUCGUGCUGAUGAUAUUGAUGCUCCUCCACCGCCUAAAUGUAUAGGAAGAGUCCAUCUGUACUCCGAAAUGUGGAAACAUUUUGAUCGCGGACUCUACCACUUUCUUGUCAAGUACAUCUACGGACCGAUUGCUAAAUUUAAUUUCCCUCUGAAAAAAUUUUUUGCCUCCUUGCUGACAUUCUCGUUCAUUUACAUCUGGCACGGAAUGAAUAAAUUCGUAUUUGUUUGGUCGCUUUUAAAUUUCAUUGGAAUAACUGUUGAAAGUAUCGCUCGUUAUAUUGGAAAUACUCCGUUCUACAGUUACUAUAUAAAUAAAUAUAUGUCACCGGAAAAUGCUCGGAGAUUCCACUGUCUGAUUGCUACUCCGUUGCUUUCAAUGUCUGCGGUAUCAAAUUUUUAUUUUUUCAGCGGCAUGACUAUCGGCAAUUUAUUUGCUCUAAGAUUAUUUCAAGAUUCAUGGAUAACUAUUUUUACUAGAACAUUUUUCCUCUACUGUUGCUGUCAAGUUUCAACAGAAGUUAAAAUUUUAGAAAAUUUAAAAAAAAAUUUUAAAAAGUUGAUUCCAUAACGGCCUCUAUUCAAUUAAUUUU